CACUCUUUCUCUGACCUUUUCCACCUCCCCACGUCGGCUCCUCUCUCUCCUCUUCUUCACUCUACCGACCCGUCACGACAUGAAUCUACCUUGUCCUCGAUUGUCAGAUAUGCGAACUGUUCGAUCCCCUCAAAAGCAUUGCUCGAGUACCCGAAUCCUCCCUUCUCACUAGCCCGAACUGCGAGUCGCGCCCAUCCAUUUCUUGCUACCUACUCUCUCUCUCUCUCUCGCUCGCACGAUUGCCCUCCCACUACAACCACAACAACCCACCCGACCUGCUCUCUGCCCACUCUCGUUACCUUACCUUACCAAUCUUCCCCCUCGCCCCGACAUUCCAAUUCUACUCUCUGCCUUCUGGCUUCAACUCUUGCGACUGCGACAUUCUGUACUGCGUCACUCACACGCCGCCGCCGCCGACUCUUCCUCCCCUCCUCCUCGCUCUUCCGAACUCUUCCUCCACCCUCCUCCUCUCUCUCCGCCGUCUCCUUACGCUGCCUCAAUGGCACCACCCUCCCCUCGACGUUCUUCACGAGCCCGAGGCAACACAGUCUCUCAAUCACAGCAAUCCUCGACAACUUCAAGUCUUUCGAGUCGCGGCGAACGAACCACCAGAUCCCUCAACAAGACCUCUUCCGCCAAGUCCACCCCGAGCGCCUCGCUCUCUUCGGAGCCACCCGAAGACCUGGAGGACGCCCUCCCCUCACGGCGCCGAACCCGCGCGCAAGAAGACGCUCGCGACAAGCCUCGUGUCGACCCCUACGAUAUGGCCACCGGCAGCGACGACGUCCAAGAGGACGACGAGUCCGUACGCUGCGUAUGUGGUUUCGACGAAUACCCGGGACCUCCGCCCUUUGAAGAGGACUCCAAGCACGGGAAACACAACCCAGAGGCCGACUUCUUCGCUAGCAUCGAGUUGUCAGAUGAGGUCUCUGGUCUCUUCGUCCAGUGCGACGUCUGCAAAGUCUGGCAGCAUGGUGCUUGUGUCGGCAUUUUUACCGAGGAGAGCUCUCCCGAUGAGUACUUUUGCGAAAAGUGUCGCAGGGAUUUGCACAAGAUCCACGCAGCAGCCAACGGACAACGGUACUCGAACUACUUGCCUCUCAAUCGUCCGUCGCGCGCAACAUCCCGAGCCGCAUCCUUAGUCAAGGAUGGCACCAGAUCGCCGAAAGAAUCAGGCAGGAACGGGGGCCGCGCUUCUUCUGCUACCCAGGCCUCGAAGCGGAGGUCAACAAUGAACAGCCGGGAUGCCGCAUACGAUGAGGAUGAACAAUUGCGGCGGGCCAUCGAGGCCAGCAAAGAAGAAACCAUUUCGGAGCCCACGGAGACUACGUCGAGACGAACGAAGCGAGGUCGCAGUGACAGUCUUGAGAACUCGGCAAGCUUGAAGAGACAGCGAACCAGUUCGCCAUCAAUGUCGCCGCCCCCAGAGAAGACCGAAGCCAUCGAGGAUGAAACAGACGAAGAAAAUACUGGUAGAAAUGGCCAAUCGAAGAAGCCUCGCGGCACACGGACGCAACGUGAAAAGUCGGAUCGAGAAGAGCGCGAUCGCCAGCGAGCGGAAGCAGCCAAUCGACGGAAGGGUCGUGCAGAUCGUAGGAGAGCUGAGGAAUCGGAUCCGUCAGAAGAGGUCCCCCUCGCGACAGCUCGGCCUGCUGUCAAACCAACCACCGAGCCUGUGGUGCCUGUCGAGGCGCCCCCGUCCUCUGCCCCGACCCCGGAUACUCCGCCUGCGAAUCAGGCACCGGUCGGGAGCUCACACAAGAAGACCAGUCGUAACAACCAGAAGAGGGGCAAGGGUCGAAAUCAAUACACAAAAGACCGCGACGAUAACGAAGACACACCAGCAAGGUCAAUGUCUAGAGACAUCGGCCGGAAUCAUGACGACCAUACUGGCGCUGGUACCAGCAAACAGUCCCAUUCCGACCACCCUAAGCACACCCGGACAAAAGCAAAUAGUGCGCACAGCAAAGUAUCGAUGAACGACAUGAAGCGCAGAGUUUCGGCGUUCCUCGACUUCAUUUCCAAAACACAAGUGGAAUUGGCUGGCGAAGCACUACCGGGAUCAAGGAGUAGCCAGAAUAGCUCUCAACAACAAAGUCCUCGCGCAACGGCUGCGCCAGAUGCGCCCAAGAUUAGCGUCAACGGCGACUCCGCAGUAGCAAAGAAUUCACCAAUCGGCACUGCGGCAACAGACGGGAAUGGGCCGGAGUCGAAAGAUUUUAAAGCAUUGAAUUGCGUGGAAAUGAUGGAUGCCCUCACGCGAGACCUGCUGCGAUGGCAGAAUCAAUAUGCGUCAUGAGCUGGCCUAGAUUGGCCGUAGCUGCCCUCUAUAUAAGCGAAGAGUCGCUCACUUGAAGCCGAAUGGUUGCUUUCGUUUCGGAGUACGAUACUAAGAGUCUGCCCUCGACGGCAUUUGGCGGCUCUGUACGGUUUGAUGUUUCGUGGCGUUUGGUCUGUUUUGGGGUGUUGAAAAUGAUAUUCGAACAAAAGACUGGAAGGCAGUUCAAUCACAAGUCAUUGCUCAUGUACGCACUGGCUGUGUGGUUCUACUGUCAGUUGAUACUGUCAGGUUCGAGGAGAGUUGUCGGAUACCCGGACACUUGCGAGUCUCCAAGAUUGCGGUCGACGUUGUUAGUGAUGCACUCAAGUUCGGUUGAGUUUGCUUUUUCAUCUCGAGUAUUUUCCAAUCCGAUCUACUCGGUUUUUAUUGUCUUGAAGGAUAAGGUGUACAAAAUUUGCUCUCAUACGAGGCAACGUCUUUACUUUACAUGUAUUUUGAUACAGAGUGUUGGGGUAUCUUUCUAUAAUUCUCACACGGGACAAUUCUACUACUCCUUUUUGUGCCCCUCAAACCGCUUUGCUCUUGUUCAUUGCCCGCUCUUUCCUCGCCUCCUUUUCCUUUCUCCGCGCCUGAUUCAUGCUGAGCGGGCCCUGCCCUUCUCUCGCCAGCUCCUUGUCUUUGAAGGCCUCGUCGGUGAUGUCGUCAAGCACAAACUUGCCCAGGUUCCCGACCCUCCACUGCUUGACGAUCCAGUCGGCCGCGCUGUCGGCGUUGGCCUCCCCUCCGCUCUUGAGCUUGCCCGUCCUACGAGCGACGCCCGUAAGGAACUCGUUGACCUCGUUCGUGGGCUCCGAGUACCUGGCGUAGGCGCCCGGGUCGACGAGGUUGAGGCGGUAGAGGAGGUAGUCGGCGAGGAUCUCCAUGGGGAUGCGGUCGUCUUUCACGGAGCCGGCGAGCGCGAGCUUGACCAUGCUCUCGGCCUCGGAGACGAAGGGCAUGAAGACGCCGGGCGUGUCGAGGACGAAGACGCCUUCGCCUAGGCCCAUGGUGUCGUUGCUGUCGCCGGCGCUGCUGGUCUCGGAGUCGAGGAUGCGCACGGGGGAGGAGAGCUUGCGCGUCACGCCUGGUUGUGCGCCAACUUUUGCGACGGAUUGUUUCUUGUGCAUGCCGUGGACGCGGAGCUUGUUGAGGAGGGUGCUUUUGCCUACGUUGGGCAUGCCGACGACGAGGGCGCGCAUGCCGGUUAGGCUGUCGACUGAGCGGGCGACACUGCGGAUCUCGGAGAGGAGUUGUUUAGUCGUGGCGGGGUCGUCUUUGCGCCAGAAGACGACGCGCUGCCGGGUCGUGGAGGUGCCGCCGCCGCCGCCGGUGACGGAGCGACCGGUGCCGUUGUGGAAGCGGCGGAGGGCUUGUUCUACCGAGGCGGGACUGUCAGCGCCGAGGUCGCGGUGGGUGUAGACGACGAUGCGCUCGCGGCCGGCGAUGGCGCGGUCGAGGACGGGGUUCCAGCUGGUCAGGGGCACGCGGUAGUCGCGGCACUCGAGGACGAGGCCGACGUCGGAGAGGCGGGAGGAGAUUUCGCGGAGGGCGGCGUGGUGGUGGCCUAGGUAGUAGGAGCGGGGGAUGGAUUCGGAGACGUCGAAGCGGAGGCGGGGCGCGAAGGCGGCGGUGGUGGCCGUGGUUGCGCUCCGGCGCGCGGCGGUCGGGAGCAGCAUCGCCGGGGUUGUGGGGGGUUGGGAUGGGGACGGGGGUUUUUGGGGGGGGAUUUGGGCACCCUUGCGCUAAGGAUCCGUUCCUUGCGAUCACCUUUUCAUCGUUGGGGGAGAGCAAUUGAAUUCCUUGGAAGAAGCGCUCGGUGAUGGGAAUGGGGGGCUGACGCUUGCAGGUGGUUGAAGCUGAUAACUUCGGAGCAAUGAAGGUUGGUUCGUGUCGAAAUUUCUUCAGCCUGGCGCCGAUUGUCCGAUAGCCUCGCAGCUGUCGCAUCUUCUGAUUGGCU